GUUUGUCUGCUGAAUUUAGUUUGCGUUCAACAACGGUUGUCAUCCUUACAGAUAAUCUAAAGGAAGUGAGAAGCAAUAUUUUAAGUUAGAAAAAACAACGAAAUACUUUCCAUACCAUUGCAACCAGUGUCAAUACGAGUGAUAUUUUUCAAAGAAAAUCAUAAAUUAUAAGUGAUUACAGUUUUGUGCAAACUAUUUGGCAUACGAUAAAAACCACCCACCUCAAAAUGGUUUACAACUUCAAAGUCUUCAAGAAGUGCUCCCCGAAUGGCAAGGUCACGAUCUACAUGGGAAAACGUGACUUUGUCGAUCACGUGUCAGGAGUGGAGCCGAUUGACGGUAUCGUUGUCCUGGAUGACGAAUACAUCCGCGACCACCGCAAGAUUUUCGGGCAGAUCAUCUGCAGCUUCCGGUACGGCCGCGAAGAGGAUGAAGUCAUGGGACUGAAUUUCCAGAAGGAGCUAUACUUGGCCUCCGAACAGAUCUAUCCACAGCCGGAAAAAUCCGGAAAGGAACAAACCAAGCUGCAGGACCGCUUGUUGAAGAAACUGGGCCCUAACGCGUUCCCAUUUACCUUCAACGUUUCCCCGAAUGCACCGUCUUCGGUUACCCUCCAACCGGGUGAGAAGGACCAAGGAGAACCGUGCGGAGUAUCGUAUUACGUGAAGAUCUUUGCUGGUGAAUCGGAAACAGACCGUACUCAUCGUCGCAGCACGGUAUCCUUGGGAAUCCGCAAGAUCCAGUUCGCUCCGACCAAACAAGGACAGCAACCGUGCACGGUUGUGCGCAAGGAUUUCAUGUUGAGCCCCGGAGAGCUGGAGUUGGAGGUCACUUUGGACAAGCAACUCUAUUUGCACGGUGAACGAAUUGGGGUCAACAUCUGCAUCCGUAACAAUUCGAACAAGGUGGUGAAGAAAGUCAAGGCUAUGAUUCAACAGGGUGUCGAUGUGGUGCUCUUCCAGAACGGAAGCUAUCGUAACACUGUGGCUUCGAUAGAAACUAGCGAAGGAUGUCCGAUUCAACCAGGCUCCAGCCUUCAGAAGGUUAUGUACCUGACUCCUUUGUUGGCUUCCAACAAGCAAAGACGCGGAAUCGCUCUCGAUGGACAGAUCAAGCGCCACGAGCAGUGCUUAGCUUCCACGACUCUACUGGCCCAACCGGAUCAACGCGAUGCUUUCGGUAUCAUUGUAUCCUACGCAGUAAAGGUGAAACUCUUCCUCGGCGCCCUUGGCGGAGAGCUGGCUGCUGAACUACCUUUUGUUCUGAUGCACCCCAAGCCUGGCAGCAAGGCCAAGAUUAUCCACGCUGAUAGCCAAGCCGAUGUGGAAACCUUUCGGCAGGACACUAUUGACCAGCAGCAAUCGGUCGACUUUGACUAAACCUCGGAGCUGACUGGUUCAAUUGAGAUGGAAAGGACAUUCAGCCCCUGCCGAUCACAUCCUUUUUGGACCUGACAACCACUGCAUACAAAAGCAGUCACCAAAAAAAACGGAACGAACGCCAACACGAACGAACGAUACCUGGAUACUUUUAAAAACCUCCAUUUGAUACUAACAGCUAAUCGCACCACCGCUAUUUAUUUUUUGCUUGAUUUGACGAUUUCAACCACAAAUAUUACAAAAAAUCUAGAAUCGUUUGACAUGUUUGUUACAUUUUCAAAAAAAAAGUGAUAUAUUUCAGUGAGUAAAGCUGUGAACAAAGCAGAUUCAACAUUGUAAAAUAAAAUAAAAUAAAAUAAAAAUAAUUGGAACGAUGGCCAUCGGAAAA